AUGCACGACCAAAUGAUACUAUCUUUAAUAGCUAGAAUAGGUUUAAAGUUACCAUGUAAGAGCGGUAAAAAGCUAGAUACUUUAGAAGCGGAUAGUCUAGUACAACAUAUAGUAAAUGCUAUUGUUGAUUUAUCACGGUACAAACUUGCAACAAUUGUACAGAAUUUGUCAAAACUCUUGGAAGAAAUUUCAGAGUCUACUCCAUCUGAAUUUGUGGAUUCUCCACAUUCAGAACACCUCCAAUCACAAUUACUCAUCUUAAAAAUUCUCUCCGCUUGCAUGACUGCUCAUUGGAAAUAUUAUCGAGGAAUGCAAUUGGAAAUAUCAUCAUCGCAAUCACCUAUCACCGAUGAAUCAUCAAAAUUACCAAAAUCGUGGGAUGAUCCACCAACUUUAGAUGAAAAGUUAGCAAAAUACAUUCUAAAGGUUUUAUCUCGCUUUCUUUAUCUGAUGGCUUCUCAAGAAGAUAAUAAUCCCAAUAUUCAAGUUGGACCAAGUGGUGGUAGGAGUGAAAACUCUAUUCAUAAUAUAAAUUCUCAGGCUGCUUGGUCUCCGGCGAUAUACGACCUAGUUAGUGAUAUAUUUAAAAACGCCGGACGCGUAAUAUUCUAUAUCUCUGCAUCGAACUGGGAGGUGGUUUUUGCAAGGAUUAGGACUCGAAUUGCAUUUUUAUCGUCUACUGAUGAUGAGUGGCCCGACACAUCAGAAUUAAAAGUACUAGAAUGUUCGGAUUUAAAUUCGACAAGAUUGUCUAUGAUAUUACAAGCAAUGGCGGUUGUACUUCGCAAAGCCAUAUGGAAUUGGAUAGAAGUCUUUCCCGCGGAAUUUGUUAAAUUAUGUCAAUCACAAGCAAGCAUGGAUGGCGCAUCCAGCCUAUUUGAUAUUAUUGCUAAAAAAGAUAGGAGUUUAUUUUGGCCUGUUCAAACUAUGUUGUUGAUCCUUUGUCCUGAUAAGUUAAUGAGUGCCAUUAAAUCAGACAAAUCUGCCAAACAAACCAUUCUUAAAAUACAAUUUUUUGAUACUCUCAAAAGAUCUUUAAGGAAUAAAAAUGCAGAAGUUGCAGCAGUAUGUUAUGUAGAUAUAUUCAAAGCUUCCACCUAUGUAAAAAACGAAGCAUCUGCACUUCGCUUGAUAGUACCGGAUAUAGAAAAUGAGUUAAAAGAAACGCUUUUUGAUCCAAAUCGACCAUUCCCCAAUGAGCAAAAUGUUGAUCAAAAGCUUAUGACCGAUUGUCUUACGGCUUUAUUUAGAAUAAGCCCUGGAAACACUUUGCGCUCUUUAAUUCCAACUUGCGUGCAUGAAAAUGUACCAAAUGCUUUCAAGUUGGUUCUUGUUAAAAGUUGCUAUUCUAUCGCUUCAGAGGAAUCUCGAUUCCCCUGGAGCCCCAAAAUUAAGUCGAUGUAUCCAUUUUUGGCAGAUCCACUUCGUAAAUUAUUCCUGGAUCUCAUUAAUGCUCGAACUAUGCCUUCAGAUACUAAAAAGCCCCAGAAGAAGAUUUAUGAAGAUUAUCAAGAGAGAUCCGAAAUUAUUUUAAACAUAUUAAAAUUAUAUCGGAAUGAACCAUAUCUGGCGAUUGUGCAGGAAAAGUAUGGGCAAGCAAUCGACAAUCAAUCUAUUAUACUCGGGAUCAUGAAGUGUCUAAAUGAUACCAAUGAUUCCAUUAAGACUACCGCAAUUGAGACUUUAUUAGAACUUCACACCGUUGAUCUUAUAAAUUUAUGGGGGCCUGAAGAAAAUAAAAUGCACAAUUUUUGGUCUAUAAGUACAGCUCACAAAGCCGAGCUAAUUACUCCAAUAAAUGUUCCAGAUCGAUUAACUUCAAAUAUACAACUUGAGAUUGCUUUGCUGGUCUCUUUAUGUUCUUCUGAAAUAGAAAUAUGUUCUUUGUCAAUUAACUGUUUUUCUGAGUUAUGUCGAGAAGCAAGAAUUACAACCGAAAAUUUUGCAAUUGAUGAGGAUGAACCACAAGAAUUGCCAAUAUCUCCUCAAAUCACAAUUGUUGAUAAUUGGAAUGUAUAUACAGAAUUAUCAGUUUCCCCAUAUAUAGUUCCUGGUCGGAUGUCACAACAAAGGCGCAUUCGUAAAUUAUUACGCCUGAUGACUCGUCCUACAGCUGGCAAUUUUGGUGCAUGGGAAGAAGCAUGGAACAGAUGGAAAGAUCUUACAGAGAUAAUUGCAAAGCCAUCUGAAGAGUCAAUUCCAUUAAGUCCAAUACCACUAAAAAAAGGUAUAAUUGGACUGUUCCCCGGUCCAAAAGGGAGUCCACCCGUUGCCCCGGUUCCUGAUAUUAGUGAGUCGCAAUCUGUAGAAUGGCAUAAUUAUACAGGAUUUCUUGCCGCAUUAGGUGGUUGUUGUGUUAUUGAAAAGACAAAUUCAAGAUAUGGGCGAACUUUAGGGACUUCUAAUCAAAGAAUUUCUAUUCCUUCCAGUGACUGUAUGGCAAAGGUCGAAAGAUUUGUUCAAGAGAUGGUUUCCUUACUGGUUAGCGGUACAAUUUUUGUUCGAGAGACUGUGAAAGAUACUCUUGGAAAUGAAUUGAGUCCGAGGUUAUACGUUAUUCUUUUCAGUCAUUUAGAGUCAAUCGUUUCUCGCUUCUUUGAUAAAGAUGGAGAAGCCACUCCUAAUGAGAGAUUCACGCUCUUUAUAGAGCAAGCAAUAUCAGUCUUAAAACUGAUAUUAGAACGAAUUUACGAUGUCUCUGACAAUUUAUAUUCGUGUGAUCUUGGUGGACUAGUUCUUUCAUUUGCUCGUUACCUAAAUAGGUUAAGCACGAGUAACACUUCUCUUCGUAUAAAAAAGAAAAUGUGUCAACUUGCGGAACUUUUGAUGUUGAAGAAAGAAUAUGUUAACCUUCGUCAGGAGAUUAAGUUGCGCAACAAAUUAAUAGAAAUAAUUAUGGAGUGGACUUCUGAUUCUUCAAUGAAGUCCGAUAAUUCAAAUUAUGUAGAAAAUAAUACUACUCUUAAUAAUAAAAGUGAAAGAAGCGAAAAAUUGCACAGAGAUUUGGAUCAAGGGUGCUUAAAAACAAUUGUAGCUCUUUUGCAACAGUUGCCAUUACAACCAUCUGAAACCCCUCACGAAUCAGAAAUCAGUUCGAUCAAGUCGAAAAUGUUCUAUAAAUACUUUUCGUUCUUUAUCAAGUUGUUGAACAGAUGUAGAAUUUUAGAGGCAAUUGAUAGUGGAACACAUUCGGCUAAAAAUAACCAAGAUCUACAAAUGUUGUUAUCAAAGUCCAAGGAAUACGUCAAAGAUUUAGGACCUUUGAAAGAGUAUACUAUUUUAGCACUAAGUAAUCUUUUGAGCGCAAAUGUGGAUUCGGGUCUUAAAUUUUCACUCUCCAUGGGAUACCAUGAAGAUUCAAAAACCAGGACUGCUUUCAUGCAAGUUCUUACCAACAUUCUUAAUCAAGGGACUGAAUUUGAGGGAUUGGAUGAGAAUGCUAUGAAAGAAAGAUACAAUAGAUUGGUUGAGGUUGUUACAAAUUCAGACCUUGAUAUUGCACUCUCUCUGUGUGAAGUUUGUCACGUUUCUGAACAAGACGAAUCAACUAAAGUCUUGAUAUCAGUAUUCGAUUCACAAAAUAAGUUGUAUCCUUUCUUCAAAGUUCUGUUUGAAAAUGAAGUUAAUCAAACAGAUAAUAAAGUCGAUCUAUUUAGAAAGACUAAUUCGGCAACAAGAUUUUUAACAUAUUUUGCUAAAGCUCACGGAAUUGAGUAUUUACGUGAAACUCUUCAACCAGUUUUAAAUGAACUUUUUGAAAAACCGCCAGAAUACAGUUGUGAACUAUAUAAAGAUAGACUAAGUCCAGAGGAAAAUUUCGAAGACAAUUUGAAAAAUCUUCAAGAGCUUGCGGAAGCUUUUAUAAACGCGAUUUGCGGUUCUAGUGAAAAAGUUCCCAGAUCCUUCCGUUAUAUAUGUCAUCACCUUGCAACGGCUGUCGAAGUAAAGUUCCCAGAAUUAAAGCAUAGAAUAGUUGGGUCCUUUAUAUUUUUAAGAUUCUUUAACCCAACUUUAGUUGCUCCGGAUAAUAAAAACCUUUGUAAGCCCAUUGAAAAUAUGAAUAUUAAAAGAGCCCUUUUGUUGGUUACCAAGAUCAUUCAAAACCUUGCGAACGAUGUAAGAUUUGUGGCACCAUCUAUGAUGAUUAUGAAUAAUUUUUUAGAAAAGCACGUUAAAACAAUGAAUGAUUUCUUAGAAGAAAUUUCUCAAUUGCCAUAUUCGACACCAACAACUGAAUUAAAAGCUUCGGAUAUUACUCCAUGCAGAUUAGACGAAAACGACAAAAAAUCUUUGCAUAAGCUUUUGCAUAAUAAUCAAGAAAAGAUGGCGAGAGAAUUAUCAGCACGAAGAGUUAAAUAUAGUUUUUUAGGAAUUUCAAUGGAUUCCGAACAAGCUCAAACUAAUAAAACGGCAUGGGAAAAACUUGGGACCUUACUAGCUCAAUUAGGUCCACCAGCAGAGCAACCGAGGAAAGAGACCAUUUAUGCUCACACACCUUAUUAUGACACAACAAAUCAUUUUUUUGGUGAAUUCAUGAGAAGGAAUAAAGGUCGUAAUUUGGAUUCGAUCGCAGAAAAGAGAAUAUUUUACGAAAGUGGUGUCUCAAGGGAAAGGCGCCCUGUAUUUUAUUAUAUCGCGCGAAGGUUAGAAGCCGAAGCGACAGAUAUUGAACUUUUAAUGUAUCAUGUGCUAAACACAAUAGAAUUUAGAAUGGGACAACCAUUUGAAGUGGUCGUUGAUUUAACCCAAUUUGGUUCUAACAACGAAGUUCAAUCUCAAUGGGUUCAACAAUUCAUCCAAAUCCAUCCGUUCGACAUUCAAGAAAAUCUUGCGAAAUUGUAUUUUUAUAAUACCAAUACCACCUUCAAGAAAUUUGUAAAGAAAUUAUCUCGUCCCUUAUCCCCUAAAAUCGCCAAGAAAACCUUAUUUUGUUGUAACCUAACCGAACUUCAUGAAUACAUUGCUCCAGGAGAAAUUGGUUUACCUAGGUCUACAACAAUAUUGGACACUGAUAACAAUGGUAUUAUUCACACACCUGUAACUAAAAUUUCGCAUUAUAGAAUGCAUAUUCCUGUCACAAUAAAAAUAAGUAGCGAAUUUAUCCAAAUCCUAACGCUAAGAAGACAAGAUUUGUUCUAUGGACUGAGUUGUCAAUUAAAUGAUGUUUAUCAUAUAUCGGAUAUCGAAGACAUAACUAACUCCACUCAUAGGAAUGAUGAUAACGAAUUUAUCAUCAAGCAAGAUC